AUUGCAUUGCAGCAAGCGCAACAAAGCGAAGCGAUCUGUGCUGGCCAGUGCUACUGCUACCGCUACCCAUCCGGGCAGAGAGGCUGCAAGAAGUAAAGAUGAGCCCCGGCCGGGCGGCCACGGGCGGCGAGCGGCGGAGCAUACGGGGCCUGUUCAAGUUCGCGGACCGGGUGGACGUGGUGCUCAUGGCCCUGGGCACGCUGGGCGCCAUCGGCGACGGCUGCUCCACCAACCUCCUCCUCAUCUUCGCCAGCGACGUGAUGAACUCGCUGGGGCGCGGCCACGCCCAGCAGCAGGGCAGCGCCACCAGCGUGCACUUCAUGCAUGACAUCGAGAAGUCGUGCCUGAACUUCGUCUACUUGGCGUUCGCCAUCCUGGUGGUGGCGUCCAUGGAGGGGUACUGCUGGAGCCGGACGAGCGAGAGGCAGGUGCUCCGGAUCAGGCACCUGUACCUGGAGGCCAUCCUGCGGCAGGAGGUGGCCUUCUUCGACUCGCAGGAGGCCACCACCUCGGAGAUCAUCAACAGCAUCUCCAAGGACGCCUCACUCAUCCAGGAGGUGCUCAGCGAGAAGGUUCCUCUGUUUCUGAUGCACUCCACGGUCUUCGUCUCCGGGCUCGCCUUCUCCACCUAUUUCUCCUGGAGGCUGGCUCUGGUUUCCUACCCUCUGGUCCUGCUCCUCAUAAUCCCUGGUCUCAUCUACGGGAAGUACCUUCUGUACCUCUCCCGUGAGUCGCGCCGCGAGUACGCCAAGGCAAACUCCCUCGUGGAGCAAGCACUCGGCUCCAUCAAGACCGUUUACUCCUUCACUGCAGAGAAAGGGAUCAUCCAGAGGUACACGGCAAUACUCGACAAGACCAUCAACCUGGGGAUCAAGCAGGGCAUUGCCAAAGGCCUCGCUGUCGGAUUCACCGGUCUCUCUUUCGCCAUUUGGGCCUUCCUCGCCUGGUAUGGCAGCCGGUUGGUGAUGUACCAUCAUGAAAGCGGAGGAAGGAUAUACGCCGCAGGAAUCUCCUUUGUUCUGGGUGGCCUAUCCCUUGGAAUGGCACUCCCGGAGCUGAAACAUUUCAUUGAGGCCUCGGCUGCUGCCACGAGAAUUCUCGAACGGAUCAACCGUGUGCCCCAGAUCAACGACGAUGAUCCAAAGGGGCUUGUUUUGGAUCAAGUCCGUGGAGAGAUCGAGUUUGAAUCCAUCCACUUUGUGUACCCAUCCAGGCCUAAUAUGACGGUCCUUAAAGACUUCAACCUCCAGAUUCCUGCUGGCCAAACAAUUGCUUUGGUCGGCUCAAGUGGCAGCGGCAAGUCUACCGCAAUAGCACUGGUGCAGCGCUUUUACGAUGCCAGUGAAGGAACUGUCAAGAUCGACGGUGUCGACAUCAAGAAACUUAAUCUCAAGUCGAUUAGGAGCAAGAUGGGACUUGUCAGCCAAGACCAUGCACUGUUCGGCACAUCCAUAAAAGAGAACAUCUUAUUCGGCAAACCAGAUGCAACCUUGGAUGAACUCUAUGCAGCAGCCAUGACAGCGAAUGCUCACAACUUCAUAAUGGGGCUUCCUGAGGGAUACGAGACUAAGAUUGGUGAGCGCGGAGCAUUGCUAUCAGGUGGCCAGAAACAGCGCAUUGCCAUUGCAAGGGCGGUCCUCAAGAACCCUGCUAUACUUUUGCUCGAUGAAGCCACAAGCGCACUUGACUCAGAGUCGGAGAAGCUAGUGCAGCAUGCACUUGAUCAAGCAUCUAUGGGAAGAACAACACUGGUCGUAGCUCACAAGCUUUCAACCGUGAAGAAUGCCGAUCAAAUCGCGGUAGUCGAUGGGGGUAGCAUAGCUGAAAUUGGGACACAUGAUGAGCUGAUCAACAAGGGUGGCCCAUACUCACGACUUGUGAAAUUGCAGAAGAUGGUGAGCUACAUAGAUCAAGAAACUGACCAAUUUAGGGCCUCCUCAGCAGCAAGGACCAGUGCCAGCCGUCUCAGCAUGUCCAGAGCAAGUCCCAUGCCACUCACACCAGGUGUUUCAAAGGAAACCGAGUCAUAUGUUUCCCCACCUGCACCGUCUUUCUCCAGGCUUCUUGCAAUGAAUGCACCAGAGUGGAAGCAAGCACUCAUAGGCAGUAUCUCUGCAUUGGUGUAUGGUUCCUUGCAGCCCAUCUAUGCUCUAACCAUCGGAGGAAUGAUUGCUGCAUUCUUUGUUCAGGACCACAAUGAGAUGAAUGCAAUCAUCAGCCGCUAUGCAUUGAUCUUUUGCUCACUGUCCCUGGUAUCCAUUGCUGUUAAUCUAUUGCAACACUACAAUUUUGCCUACAUGGGGGAGCAUCUUGUUAGGCGUAUCCGAGUCCAAGUGCUGGAGAAGAUCUUAACCUUUGAGGCAGCAUGGUUUGAUGAGGACACAAAUUCAAGUGGCUCGUUGUGCUCUCGGCUAAGUGACGAGUCUUCUCUUGUCAAAACCCUUGUCGCAGACAGGAUCUCCCUGCUUCUUCAAACAGCCUGUGGAAUUGUGAUUGCGGUGACAAUGGGACUCAUAGUAGCAUGGAAACUUGCCCUUGUCAUGAUUGCUGUACAGCCCUGCACGAUGAUAUGCUACUAUGCCAAGAAGAUAGUUCUUUCAAAUGUGUCAAGGGACUUGGCAAAGGCUCAGUAUGAAAGUACUCAGAUUGCCAUAGAAGCUGUUUACAACCACAGGAUGGUGACCUCAUUUGGAUGUUCAUCGAAGAUUCUUCAGCUCUUCGAGCAUACACAAGAGGAACCAUUGAGGAAAGCAAGGAAGAAGUCAUGGGUAGCAGGGAUAACCACAGGGCUGUCGCCGUGCCUCACAUUCUUAUCAUGGGCAUUGGACUUCUGGUAUGGUGGGAAAUUGGCACAGUCCGGGGAGAUCUCAGCAGGUGAUGUCUUCAAAACCUUCUUCGUCUUGGUGAGCACAGGAAAGCUGAUUGCUGAUGCUGGCAGCAUGACAUCUGACCUGGCAAAGGGAUCAAAUGCCGUUGCUUCAGUUUUCGAGGUGCUAGAUAGGAAAUCUAUCUCUCCGCAAAAUUCACAGAUGGAAAAGGACAAUCCGAAGAGCAAAAUACAAGGACGGAUAGAGUUCAAGAAGGUGGAUUUUGCAUAUCCAACAAGACCACAAUGCCUGAUCCUGCAAGAUUUUAGCUUGGACGUCAAAGCAGGAACAAGUAUUGGCCUGGUGGGGAGAAGUGGAUGUGGUAAAUCCACGAUCAUAGGUUUGAUCCAGAGGUUCUAUGAUGUUGAUAGAGGUGCUGUAAGGAUCGAUGGUAUGGAUGUGAGGGAGAUGAAUGUUCUUUGGUAUCGAGGAUUCACCGCUCUAGUUAGUCAGGAGCCUGCAAUGUUUUCUGGCAGUGUCAGGGACAACAUUGCCUUUGGUAAACCAGAAGCUGAUGAAGAAGAGAUUGUCGAAGCUGCUAAAGCCGCAAAUGCGCAUGAAUUCAUCUCAUCUCUGAAGGACGGAUAUGACACUGAUUGUGGGGAGCACGGAAUACAACUAUCAGGAGGACAGAAGCAAAGAAUUGCAAUUGCGAGGGCAAUAAUCCGAAAUCCAGCUAUACUACUUCUUGAUGAAGCAACAAGUGCUCUCGAUGCACAGUCCGAGCAAGUGGUGCAGGAAGCACUUGAUCGGAUCAUGACAGGGAGGACCACAAUCGUAGUGGCACAUCGACUAAACACAAUCAAGAAUGCAGACUCAAUAGCUUUCUUAGGAGAGGGCAAGGUGAUUGAGCGUGGUACUUACCCACAACUCAUGAACAAGAAGGGAGCAUUCUUUAACCUGGCAACCCUUCAGAAAUAAAUUGAUUGUAUAAUGUAACUGCGGCAAUAAGUGAUAUCAUAGCCCAAUAUAGUAUAAUAUCAGCACUCCUUGACAAAUUUUGGAGCAAUUCUCGAUCA